UCAUAGCAAAGCUGUUCCCCUGCGAGCGCUUUGAUUAGAACAUGAGCUGAUAUUGUUUUUUAAUCUAGUUCUGUUCAAUUUCUACUGAGUUUUUUGACUACUGAGCAUUUUCAUAACUUGGGCAGAACAAAUAAUACAGAUCACUGUAUAAAUACCUUUCCUGGUGUAGAAAACUGCUGCUGGGAUUUCAUUUUGUUCAUUGUAUGUUGUGUAUUCAAACACCGUAACUAUCGGAGUCACUUCCAAAUAUCUUCAUUUCAUUACACGGAAUGGCAGUAAAUGCGGUGUAGACAGCUGCUGCUGAUGAAGUGAUAUGGGAGUGUAUUUCUUUAUGCCAUUGAAAGCUGUCCUUCUUUCUGCUUGCUUGUUUCUUUUUCUUACCAUAAGAUUGCUUUCAAGAUUGUUCUGAAGCCAAUAACUACCUUUUGUUUUGUCACAUCAUUCUUUAUCUUAUUUUUCAUUAAAAGCACAAGAACAAAUUUAAGCUCAGCUUAUUCUUGCAGCAAACAUUAGAGAUGUGUUGGGAGGAAGAGCAUUGAAGAAAUAUGCUGUGUGACUUUUCCAGCCCAACUACUUCCAGCUGCCAGGUGAAGAUGCCUCUGCAGCACCCAGUGCUUCCACUCACUUCUGUGUGGCCUUCCUGGCUGUCAUGACAAGUAGGUAGGGUCAAUGUGUUUAUCUGCCAGCUGUGGGGUGCUUACAUAUAACAACCCUAAAUAUGAAUAAAGAGUCUGGUGUUUAGCUUCAGGGCUCAGCUUUGAGCAGAGGAGAGAGGUUUUAUUAUGAAUUUAGUAUUGGUGAAAAAAGUUGGCCUUGAAUUUGAUAUAUAGGUUUAAACUCUCUAUUGCCUGGCAAUGUCCUCCCCAAAUGAGUCUGUAAAAUGCAUUCAUAGAUUCUCUCAAAAGCUUUGUCUUUUGCCCUGGGAUUUAGCAAUCCACAGCAUGAUUUGCUCGGUGAAGAGCUGCAAUAAGCUGUCUCAGUGCUAGUUUUAAACACAGCACCUAGGUCUGGUUUGUAGAUGUAAUAUAGAAUUAAAAAUGAAGCAAAUACAAAGCAGUCAGCAUUUACAUAGAGAAAUUGUAUCAGUUUUUUCAGGUUUCAUGGAGCAGAACUGAUGUAGAUUCAUUUAUUUUUUGCUGUUGUAGACUUACCAGAGCAACUUCGACCUGGAAGGACUUGUAAGGUUUUUGUAAGACCUAAAAUUGAGUUAUAAAAAACCCACUGCUUUGAAACAUAGAUAUUCAGCUGCGCAUUUUAAGGGGCAAUGUGAUAAAGUGCCCUUGUGAAAUCUUGGAAUGGAAUGUAUAGCAUGGAAAGCUCAUUGGUUUGCCUCUACUUGGACACUCUAUUCUUCAGUUUUCUGCUGGUUUUUAUUAACAAGAUAUUUUACCUGCUAUCGGCACUAACAAAGUGUGCGUUUAAUUCUGUUUGUUUCUUAGAUGGCAAAUAAUGUCAUUUUCUUUAUUAGGAAAAGAAAUAUCAGAACUUAAUUUCUCAGCUCGCAUAACAUUUUACAUGUGCCAAUUUCUAUCUAUAAAUAUAAAUGUCCUCAUAUAAUCUAAUUUAAGACAAAAUCAGUAGUUAUUUGAAAUUGAAUGCAUUUAGAUAUUACUAAGCUCAAAGCACAGUUACCAGAUAUGAAAUACCUUGAAACCUGACUUAGCUAACUUUUAACUGUGGGGAAAGCAAAGGCAGGAGUUCAUUGGCAUUUCCAGCAUCCUGUUAGUGCUGUGUGCCAUGUCUGAGUCUGCUUCUGUUGCUGCUGUUUGCUGACUUUUCCCUAUAGGCUCCUGUUGGUAAGGUGCUGCUCCUGGACCUUUCUCUGCUGUUAUCGAUGUCAGUGGGUGCUGAUACACUCUCUGGCAGCACACAGCCUAUGAGUGCUACCUCUUCAGCUGUUCCAGCUGGGAGGAAAAUUCAGCCUAAAUGAAGCUUGAAAUCUAUAUAAAGAAAUUGUACCACGGUUCAGUUUAUAAAUAAUUUCCAUGCCAUAUCCUUUCCACGUUCUUCUCAUCCAUUUCUUAUCUGAAGUGGUGGAAUAGCAGUGACGUUGUUUGAAGGCAGUCUUUGAAAGAUCCCAGAUUUGCUUGGUUUGUUCUCCCCUUUUUGCUCUCGGGAAGUUCCACAUCAUCCUCAGCAGGUUUUGCACUAAGGUAAAUAUUGAAUCUUUAGCUCUCAGCUGCUUUUGUUAGCUCCAGCACUUCAGGCUCUCGCUUGUUCUCCUAAUGGCCGCUAAACUCAAGGCAGAGUUUAGGGUGGAAUGUUCCCAUUGUAUAAGCAAAGCUGACUUGUCCCUGAGAUCACACGUUUCCAGGCAGCCUGUCAUAUUCAGCUGGUGCUUAAUGGGAGCUGCGUCCAUAAACAGGGGAAUGGAAUCUCAUUUUGACAAGCAGCUGGGAAUUUAUCCUGUAGUGCUGGCAGUGUUUUCAGAAAGGGGAACUGGAGUGAAGUGGAUAAUCUGAAGGGUUCUAAGCAGUUUUGAGAAGAUGAAUUACACAUGGAAGUGCUCUGUGUGUGUGUGUGUGUGCUGUAGCUCUCAGCACAGUGUUGCAGUAGUCGGCAGCAGCACGUUGCUUCCAAGUGUGUCUUUGUGAAGGGUGAAGGUACUGUGCUGAGGUGGGAAAGGAGGGCUGGUUGUACAGCACUGAGUGCAUGUGUGGGCCUGGCAUGGAGUUCUGUGCUAAGUUUGGAGGGCAAAACAGAGGUGAUGCUCUUGGGUGAACUAAAGUUAGCAUUGUGCAUAGGUUUUUUUGUUUGCUUUGUUUUUGAAGACAAUGAAGAAUGGAAGCCAUGUGUGUUGUGAACAUAUCAUCUCUUGGUGUCCAGUUGUUGAUGUGCUUGUAGAAUACUAGUUCAGAUAUAUCUGUAGCAUUUAGUUCCAACUUUCUGCCUUGCUGCAGAGGAAGGUAUUAGUAAAACCACAGCUAUGUCAAAGUGUGCCUUGGAGAAGUAUAUAGGAACACAGAGUUAAAAUCAGUAGGGGGGUUGAACUAGGUGGUCUUUGGGGUGCUGUGAUGUUACUGCUGGUUUAAGGGCAGGUGGGUUAGUUGUGGUUGCAGACACUUUUGUCUUAAGCGCUGUUUCUUCAAGCAGAUGCUAUGUUUAAUUUCUAGGGAAUGCUAAUGAUCACCAUUCAUUACACUUGACAGCGUUUCCCUGAGGAAAAUUCAUUUCUUUAUGGAUGGUUUACUCCAGGGUGUUUUAUUUCGAUUGAGUCGAAGCUCAGAAGUUUGGGAGUGCCUGUAGCACUCAGUGGAGUGUGUGAGUUCCAUUUAUCAUGUGAUCUUGAGAGCCUUCUUCCAAAGGAAAGUCUUAGUUAGGAUCAGUAGCUCCAGUAGGCAGCACUGCACCUGGAGCUGCUGCUGGGAGCAGCACAGGGCAGGGCUGCUGGCAGCUUGCAGCAGGGCCCUUAUUGCUGUCAUGGGGGAAAUCUGCUCACAAAUAAGGGAUGUCCGCUCCCUUACUUCAUCCCUUUCAUUAUAAUUCAGGCAACAUUCAUUGCACCUGCACUGAAAACCAGCCAGUGGAGUUUGCUGCUGACUGGCACUCCUGUGUGGGGCCCAGCUCUGAGGAUGCAUUCUGUGUUGCAGCCAUUCCCUGUACUGAGGCACGGGGCUGAUUCUUGUAUUUUAUUCAAUCCCUCAUACUUGCCAUCAUCACGCAGCCACACUUCAUGCUGCUUCGGAGUGCUGGAGCCAUAAUGUGCUGGCUGCAGGUCUUGCUCCAGGCUGAGUAUGGCAGCUCUGCCUUGCUUUGGUGCUAUGGCAUUGAAGUCCCUUUGUCAAACUCUCCCACGCUGUGCUUUGCAGAUGUAUUUUGCUGAUCCCUGUAGGCUGAAGUACGGGGUUGGUAUCUUCAUAUCUCCAUUUAUCACUGUGUUAGGCACCCAGUGUCCCUGCAGACUCAUGGGGCUCUAUGUGGGUACUUAGCAUGAGGAGCUGGGGGCUGGAUGCAGCCCUGAACCCCAUGGCAGGAACGGGGGGCAGGGUGGGUAAGAUUCUGGUUGGAUGUUAGGAGGAAGUUCUUUACAGUCAGAGUGGUGGUGAGGUGCUGGCACAGGCUGCCCCGAGAGGUUAUGCCGUCCCUGGAGGUGCUCAAUGCCAGGUUGGAUGGAGCCCCAGCAGCCUGGUCUGCGAAACGUGGAGGUCGGUGGCUCUGCUUGUGGUGGCGAAAGUCAGGUGUAGGUGACUGAUGUUCAUGGUCGGUUUGUGCGGCCCCUUCCCGUUCCCACGCGUGACUUUUCAGCCUCUUCCUCGUCCGUCCAUCCCCGCCGCCGUUCCCCCGCUGCGCUGCGGGGGGCGCCGCUGCCCCGAGCCGCCCGGACGCCGCAGCGCCGGCCCGGAGGAGGGGAGGAAAGAAGAGGGGCGGCUCAGGUGCGAGCGGCGCUGGCGGGGGAGCGGAGCGGCGGCGGCCGCAGCCGCAGCACGGCGAGUAGGAGAGCGCGGGCGGGCGGCGGCUGGCGAGGAUGCGCGGAGGGGAGGCAGCUCUCCUCAUUGCCGUAACAAAGAAGCGGAGGAAAAAGUAGUGGUUCUGUGCGCGCUGUGCCGCUCGUGGACAGAGGGAAUAGCCGGCGGGAUUUCUGGGGCGUUCUGAAAGCCGAAGGACUUUUUCUGUGCGGCGUGGGGAUGCGCGGCAGGAAAUUAACUCCGACUGGAAUGGUUUGUAUCAAAGUGCUGCGACAGGAUUGGAGAAAAUGUUUCUUUUCUGGCAGCUGAAAUCCCUCCUGCGGGCGCAGCGAGGGCUGCCCAACGCACCGGGGACUUUUGCAGAGACUUAAAGCAGAUGCCAGCGUUAAUACCGGAAUGACCUUGGGAUCGGUGUGUGUGGAUCCCUCGCUUCCCCCCGCCGGGCUCCAGAACUCUCGGAUAAAGGCGGUUGUGGCAUUUCUGGGGCCUUUCGGAAACCACGAGUGCGUGCAAUUAAUUUACCUGCCUAACGAUUCCGGAACUGAUGGAGCAUUUACUUCAAACUGAACCCAGAUGCUUUCUCUUAAUGUUUGCUUUCUCCCCAACUGCGAAUACAAUGAGCAAGGUAACGUCCUGCAAUUAGAAGAACGAUUAUUUUAAGCAGUUAUUUAUCACACCGAUCACCUAUAAAUGUAAGAGCCCUGAAACCACGUAGAAGAUGAAGCGAAACAGCAGGAUAAUGGAGUAGUAAACAAUGGCAGCCUUUCUGGUCAAAUCAGCAUUUCGUUAGCAUCACAGCAGAAUGCAGAUGGAAGUUUCUGUCGCUGUGCUGUGGGGGUUUGUGAAAUGAUUCAGGUGUUGCUACAGAGGUGAGCUCUGCCAUGGCUGUACCCGUGAACUCCUGAGUGCUGAGCUCUGCUGUGGCAGAGCUUCCAAAGAUGAUGAUUUUUAAAUUGCCGUUGCCGAAAUAAGAAUUGAAGAGGAUUUAUUUUGGUCUGUGUGGACCUUGAGCUAAGGUGCGCCAGAGGUGAUGUGCUGAUGCUGAGGAGCAUCAACUGCUUACGGGACUGUAGAACCCUCCCAACUGUAAGCACUGGCAGCAGCUGCAGGACAGACCGUGGGACGCUGGAGCAGCCCGGCUGCCGCUGAGCGGGUCACCUGCCCGCUGCCUCCAGUCACAGUGAUCCCACCACAAAACAUGAACCGGUCGCGAUGGGUUGAAUGGAGGACUCUGAAUAUGAGCGGUAGCGUGGUGAACCUGUCUGAGCACCUCUCCUGCCCUCUGGGAUUUGGUCACUACAACGCGGUCGACAUCUGUAUCCUUGAGACGGUCGUUAUCGUCCUGCUCACCUUUCUGAUUAUCGCGGGUAACCUGACUGUUAUCUUUGUUUUCCACUGCGCCCCACUUCUGCACCAUUACACCACCAGCUAUUUCAUUCAGACCAUGGCCUACGCAGACCUUUUUGUUGGAGUCAGCUGCUUGGUCCCCACGCUGUCCCUGCUACAAUAUUCAACAGGUGUCCACGAGUCCCUGACGUGCCAAGUUUUUGGAUACAUCAUCUCCGUGCUAAAAAGCGUGUCUAUGGCAUGUCUGGCUUGCAUCAGCGUGGAUCGCUAUCUCGCUAUAACAAAGCCUCUCUCCUAUAAUCAACUGGUCACACCUUGUCGCUUGAGAAUCUGCAUCAUUUUGAUCUGGAUAUACUCUUGCUUGAUCUUCUUGCCUUCCUUUUUCGGCUGGGGAAAACCUGGUUACCACGGAGAUAUAUUUGAGUGGUGUGCUACCUCCUGGCUAACUAAUGCCUACUUCACUGGCUUUAUCGUCUGCUUACUGUACGCUCCUGCUGCCUUUGUCAUAUGUUUCACAUACUUCCACAUCUUUAAGAUUUGCCGGCAGCACACCAAAGAGAUCAACGACCGCAGGGCUCGCUUUCCCAGCCACGAAGUGGAUGCUGCUGGGGAGACGGGGCACAGCCCUGACCGCCGCUAUGCCAUGGUGUUGUUUCGGAUCACCAGCGUGUUCUACAUGCUGUGGCUCCCCUAUAUCAUAUACUUUCUGCUGGAGAGCUCUAGGGUGUUGGAGAACCCCGCGCUUUCCUUCUUAACGACAUGGCUUGCUAUAAGCAAUAGUUUCUGCAACUGUGUGAUCUAUAGCCUCUCCAACAGUGUUUUCAGGCUGGGACUACGGAGACUGUCAGAGACCAUGUGUUCAUCUUGCACGUGUUUAAAGGACAGGGAUGUACAGGACCCUAAACCAAGGAAACGGGCUAAUUCCUGCUCCAUUUAAAGAACACUGCUGUGUGCCAUCAAACGAGGAGCUUUGAUAGUGUUUGCUGUAUCUGGGGACUUAACAGAGGAGAAAUGUUUACUUGAAUAUUUUGCAAUGCUGUUAAGAGAUGAGUUGAAAAGUGUUUUUGGGAAAGGAAAAGGCUGCUGUAAGGAGGGGUCACUGGACUCUGACUGUAGCUCUGAAAUUAUGAGCACAGCCAUUCAGCAGAGACAACAGAGAAAGUCAGAACUUAAAUCUUCCAAAGGGCAGGAUGCAGCUCCUGCGUGGCAGGAGGGUUCUCACAAAACAAACGAGUUAGUUACUACCUUCUCUUUUCGCCCUUGUAGGAAAGUUGUCUUACUAUCUUUGUGUCAGAAUAUACUGUAGCCUUCUGAAUUUAAAUAUAUUUACGAGGAAGCAAUCAACUACACAGUAAGUGGCUAUCCAUAAACUAUAUUCCUGAGGACUUGCAGUAGAUGUUGCAGAUCAAUAACCAGCUCUGUCUCUGCUCACACCUGGUAAACCAUUUUCAGUUACACAAACAACCUGCAGUGCAUACAGCCUACGCAGGGCAUGAUGCUUUUGGAUAAAAUGGCACAUUCUGCUAUAGCUGUCACCAAACCUUCCCCUUUCAGUUCCUUUUAUUUCCCCGCCGGCCCCCUCCAUCCUGUGCAUCUUUAGGUCCUGUUCUGUUGCAGGGGUUUAGUUUGGGGGCACCUAUGAGGUAAGCUGAGGAAGUGCAGCUGCCCGCCUGUAAGGACUGACUUCUUCUGUCUUUCAUUCUCUCGAUCCUGUUAAAGUAGCACACGGUGUUGAUGUAGUGUCCUUUAGGGUGUACUAAAGCUUUUCCUUUAUUGUCUACACAAAUAAUCCUAACGCAGAUAUGGUAAUGGCGCACAGCAGUGUGCAUCACUGCUUAGAAAAUUAAAAGUAAAUAACAAAACCUUUUCUUUUGGAAGUCUGGCUUACUGUUGUAGCUGCCAAUCCUCUGUGUGAACCGAGCUUGCACAUACUGUAUUCCUUUCAGCUAUUAUUUUUUAAAGAGCAAACGUAAGCUGUGGUCUGUGCCUGAUGUUUUUUCUAGCACGUGGGGUAGGUCAGUGCUACAGGACUAAAACGCUGUACUUGUUUUCAGGGAAAUACUUGUUGAAUAGAUGUUCACCAGACAGAUGCGCUCGGAGAAGGUGAACAAGACAUUUGGGUAUCAAACACAGGCAAAUGAGCUUUGGUAUUUCCUUUUGUAGUGAACUGACUUUCAAGUCCACCAAUUAAAUCUUUUUUUUAUUUCGCAAGGGCGCGGAAACGUUGGGUUUGUGAAUUCAAUUGCCAGGGGUUCAGAUGCAUGUUGGUUGAUAAAACACCUAAAUCAUUAUUUUGAACCAAAUGUCAUUUUCUUCGAUGGUUAUUGGCUUUUUAAAAAAGGCCCCGACUAUUGGUGCCUUUUUAGCACUGCACUAUUAUUCCUUCUUUCACCAAAACGCAUUUGUGAAGAUCGUGCCUAUUACUUUUUGUAAUGGAAGCUAACCACGUUUGCACACUUGUGGUUUGACUCCAGAUCUCCCAUACUGAUGUACUCUCUGUUCUGUGGAGGUGGUUCUGAACCCCUGUACGUUUUUAAACCUGUAAGAAAGAUAAAACGAUGGAAUAAAGUAAUAUUGUGUAUAUCAAACCCAGCCUGACUGUAGUUCCCUGAUG